GGGGAAAUUUUACGCUCAUAACAUACACAUGAUGACUGCCUGAACGGCAGAGUCAGUCGACUCACAACACUCAAAGCGACGAGACGGUCCUCUGAUAGUAACAUUCCGUGGCAGUACAAUUAUACUGUGACUGUGGACAAUAUUGAUAUUCUAUUGUAAUUGUACAUUAUGUAAAGUGAAACAAUACCAAAUACUUCAUUGAGAGUAUUAAAUCAGUAAAAAGAGCGCCGAAAGCUAUUUUGCAGAUUUUGUACAUAAGAGAUAAACUCUUCCCUUCAAUGCCCCACGAAACGUGUAUGUGCCGAUAAGAUGAGAAGUAAAUACCUGAGCCGCGUAUUUGUUUUGACUCUGAUAAGAUAAGCAUGUGCUUGUUGGGUAUACGAUGCACUUGUAUACCCGACUUCUUAUCACUUUACUGUUAAUCAUCUAAACGAGAAAUCAUACUAUAUUCGAUUCAGUUGCCGAAAUAAGACAAGUGCGAGUGUAACAAUUAGAGAAAUACAUAAAAAAAACUCCCAGCGAAAUCAGUGUCUCAGCAGAAGAGUGCAGAAGAGAAAACAGUAGAGAAAAUGCCAGAUAAGCAAGAGUAUCAGUGAGUCAAUUGUGCGAUUCUCCUGCCUCAAUUCAUUGCCUAAUUGAACGUGAUCCAAGGAAGCCCCACAGUCAAGAUGCUAUCAGUAAAAGUGAUUCUGUGUCUUGUCAUCUUCACUCACGUCAUUCUGGCAGAUUCACCAUGCUGCCCAGGGGAGAACAUUUUCCCCGACUCCUGCCCCAAUCGCACAGACACCCUUCUCACGUGUCCGCACGGAAAGUUCAUGGUGGACCCCUUCGUCACACCAGACGAUGAGUUUGAAAUUAACGAAGAUGGAGAUCUCAGCCUACAAGAAGGGGAUCACAUCGUCGAACAGGGAGAAUUUUGUGUGACAAACUACCGAUCUCUCGGCAAUGAUUCACGUCGCGUGGCUCUUGUCUGUUUCACGUACAACGACGGCUCGGUGUCAUUGUACCUCAUCAAAGGCGUCCUUACUCUCAUCUCAGUCUUCUUCAUCCUCAUCACACUCUACAUCUACUGGAUAAUCCCCGGAUUGCGAGACACACAGGACAAAGUCACAUGCUUCUGUCUAAUCUGCCUGGCGUUGUUCUUCUUCCUCCUCGGUCUCGUGCAGAUCUUUACACCGGAAAACCUCAUCGUUAACAGUGUUUGCGUGCCAUUAGCUUUCACUCUCUACUUCUGCAUCAUUGCAUACUUCUCCUGGCUGAACGUGGUCAUGGUGAAUGUGUGGAAGACUACAGUCGUGCCACGAUGGCGUAUUCACGAGAGGACUUGGUACACCCUCUGCCACAUGUACGCCUGGAGCAUUCCCAUCAUCCUGGAGACCAUUAUGAUCGUAGCUCAUGUAACAGCCAGUUCAUGGAAUCCCCGGAUCGGACAUGCUUCAUGCUGGUUCGCCGGCUCCCGCGAAAUGUGGAUCUACAUCUACAUUCCCAUCUGCAUCAUGCUCACCAUCAACAUCGUCUUGUUCGUAUGGACUUGCUGGGUACUGCAGAUCAGCAAUGUCCACAUCAGCCCCGACCGACGACGCGCCCUGCAGUACAAAUGCAUGCUGUACCUCAAGCUCUUCCUCCUCGUCGGUCUCACAUGGAUCUUCGAAGUGUUUUCCUACUCAUAUGGUGACAACUCCUGGUUCUGGAUCGUCGUGGACAUCAUUAACAGUCUCCACGGGCUGCUCAUCUUCCUCAUUCUUGUGGUGUGGCGUCAGCGGAUCCGAAAGGAGUUGGCCGGAAGGAAAAUUUGUUGCGUUCGCGCUCCAGACUCAUGGCAGUAUGGCGAGGAUGCUGAGCACGAGCGACUCAAUGAGGAAGAAGAAAGAGAAAUUACCACUUUACCAGCAAAUUAUUGUGUUAACUGAUGUGCAAAUUUACUCAAACUGCAAAGAUGAAUUCAUUGAGAAAUGUCAUCUAAAUACAUUUGUUGUGUUAGUAAUGCGUAUAAAUAUUUACGCAAUGAGAAAUCCAAGAUAAUCCUGUUGGUGAAGCCUUUUAAUGAGCGCAGUAUGAACAGGAAUUGCAGCGUAGAUAGACUUCUCAAAGAUUUACUCCUCUUGAAGUUUCGAUGAGCAUUUUUAUUUACUUUAUACCUUGGAACAUUUGAAACAUUAAUCCACCCAAGUGGCAAAACGAACAAAAAUGCUCCCUUUAAUUUCUAUAGGUACAGUCAAUUAUAAUAAUAAUUUAAAAUACAGUGGCUGUGCAAAAUGUCACGAUCAAUGAUUCCCUCAUGCGUCUGAAAGUGAAUCAAUUUCACGCACUUUCAUUAAUUGUAUUUCACACACUGCUGUGUUGUUUGGAAAUAUUGUCGUAACUUUUGCAGAGAAAACUUAUUGGAUUUCUUGCAAGAAUAUUGCAAAACAAGCAUGUUUUCUAAACAUGAAAAUAGGGGAUUUACUUUCCUAUAGACAUUCUGCUAUGGCAUAUACUGUUCUGCUCUCCACUGUACAAAUUUCUGGUUCUAAAGCAUUUGUAGGAAUAAAUAAUUUCACUGAAUAAUGUAAGAAAAGAAAUGUAUACUACUAGAUUAAGUCAAUUUGUAAUCUUAAAACGUUACAUAGAUUAAAAUAUUUGUCUCUAA